GUAGUUCGCAUAUUACUAUCGCUGUUAGCUUUAAUCUUGUCGUAUUAUUUGGAUUAUCCGGACCACGACUAUGGUCUCGCCUUAGUAUGUUUAUCUCCUUCUAUAAGGGACAGAGGCUUUAACCAGCAGCAGGCCAGUGUCGAGCUAUUCUGGGCAUUGAUGCAAGCAAUUGAUAUGGAUUGCGGAAGUCUGCCUGAGAUUCCUUCGGUAACACGUAUAUGCCUCGAUAUGCUCGUAACUUGUGUCUCCGUUGGCAUGAUGCUACGACUAGGUUUUUGUAUUCCUCGUCAGCAGUUUCGACUGGCAUACUACUGGUGGGCUACGUUAUCAUGGACAGUUCUCAUGGCCGUAAACGUAUUUUUGGCAUACCGCACGAUUGGAGGGUAUCUUAAAAGACGACGAGGCCGUAUAUGUAUAUUGAGGCCCAAAAUUAUGUUCAAGCUUUCAGGAGACCCUGUUGUUGUGGCGUUUCGCUCAAGAAACUCUGUUAACCUAAAUGACCACCACACUGAGUUUGGAGAUGUUGAUAAUUUGCAGAGUAACGAAACCUCCGUAUAAUGAAUGAAGCUAGAUAUUUCCUUAGAAGCCGGUGGUAUUCAAUUGGAUAGAGAAGAUGAUAAUAUUGC